AUGGAUGGUCCGGACGGUGGCGGAGCUUGGUUCGUGGCGCUUUCAGCUUGCCUGAUCAACUUCAUAAUGGCCGGACUGGGCCGGAUGGCCGGCAUCAUUUACAUCGCCUUCAUGGAUCGCUACCGGACGGACAGACAGGGCGCGGCCACGCCCUUCGCCGUGCGAUCCUCGACAAGGAGCCUGCUUGGUCCUGCAGUGGGCAUCCUGGGCCAAAAGUAUGGCGUCCGAGCUGUAACGGUGACUGGAGGAGUUAUUGGUACACUUGGAGCAGCGGCGUGUUUCUUUGCUCCUGACAUGAUUUGGGUCAGCAUCCUUUGGGGAGGAAUUAACGGUCUAGGCACUGCUUUGACUACUACUCUUCCGCUAGUGGUGAUAGAACAAUACUUCAAGAAACAUCGGACAACCGCUUCAGGGAUGGCUUUCUCAGGAGGUUGCAUUGGUGCUUUUCUGUUCCCUGCACUGCUAGAGAAGCUGCUUCUCUCUUAUGGACUUGAAGGGACCUUCCUCAUUCUCGCCGGAAUCGUCAUGCACACUAUACCAGCUGCCAUGAUCUUGCGCAAGCCACCAUGGCUGAGGAAAGGCAAGCAGAAUAAGAAUGGCACACACAAGCCUCUUCAUAAAAAGAACUCUGAUGUUUAUGAAGGCUUAAAGCCGUGCGACUCUUACAGAGGUGCAAUUGAUGGACUUGAGAACGACAUCAAUACAGAUUGCCUCAAGCAGAACGUAGACACUAUAGUACAGUUGUUGAAGCUCGAUAUAUUCUCUAAACAUUCUUCUCAACGCAAUCUUGUAGCAGAUUUAACCACGAAUGGAUUCUGUUCUUCAGAAAUCAUGGACAUUUUGAAGGAUAUCGAGCGUUUGUAUUUUCAUUCGCAAGCACCUGACUCAGAACAGUUUUUGAAGCCAGGAGAUAGUCCCGUUCGAAACAACAUCCGAAAUCGCUUGUUGGUGGCAGAAAUCAGAUGUAAGAAAAGUCAGAGCUUCCACUUGGAUGACAAACCAGAAAAAUUUCAAACUAUUUGCACAAAUGUGUCGACGCCAGAUAUUUCAAAAAUUCAGCGUAAGCCCAUAGAUCCGUGCAUUUUACUGAGGAUAAAAGAACUAUGUAACACGAAUGAAAGCAAAAUUUUGUCUCUGUACCCAGAAUGCAGGAGAAAAGAAAUUUCUCUUCUACUGAAGGAAAUUCGAAAGUUGAAUAAGUUGAGCUGCUCAGAAGAGAAACAAAGUUUCUUGACUGGGUCUUUUUGUGACAUUUCUGGUGAGACGUUGAUGCCUGUUAAUACAGCAGAUAAAACUAAUGCAAUGACGCUAAGCAUCGACAAUCACCCCAACACAUUUCGUAGUCAUUUCAAAACUGCACUGAAAUUGCACAAGAAUCCUCUUUUCUUGCUGAUUUGCGUUUGUCGCGCAGUCCACUUCAUAACUUUCGUGCCAACGGUGACUGUCAUAGUCGACUUCUCAAUAGAUCAAGGUCUUCCUGCUGACGAGGGGAAAUACGUCAUUGGAGCACUGUCUGCGGGAGAUCUGUUAGGACGUUUGUGCCUAGGGUGGAUUACCGAUUAUGGAUUCAUCGGUUUGCCCAAAUACAUGAUGUUUGUGAUGAUUUUGCAGGGUAUGAGCACGGCAUCUUUGCCGAUGAUGCACGAUCGCAAUUCUCUCUACGCGAAUUUGGUAGUGUUCGGUGCCUUGCAAGGAUCCAUAUUUAUCAGGCAUUCUAUUUGCAUUUCCAAGUAUUUGGAAAGCCACGAGCAGUCUAUAGCCAUGGGAUGCAUGAACUUCUUUUCUGGGCUCCUCGGGUUUCUUCUCCCGCUUUAUAUUGGUUAUUUCCGGGACACCAUUGAAUCCUACGACUGCAUUUUCUUCAUCAACGGUUGCAUUGGUUUCUUAGUUGGAUUGCUUUGGAUUUUUGUACCUUCCUUACUAAAAGCAAAUGCUAUGGAGAACAAAGAUGUACCCGAAGCAGUUUGAACUCUUCAGUAGAAACUGACUGUUGUUACUCAACUAGGAGAUAUUCCUAUUGAAUAUUCAUCUCCUUUGGUGCUCUGGAGGACAAAGAUGUAUCGGAAAACAUUUCAGUAGAAACUCCGACUGUUGUUACUUAGCAGGAAGAUGGUAAUUCCAAAUCUUCUCUUACUCCAGUGCUCUGGAGAACGAAGACGUCCUAGAAGCGGUUUGAACUCUUCAAUAGAAACUGAAACUCAGGAUUGGGAGCUGUUCCUUUAAAAGCAUUUUCGACAUCGGCUUCUUAAUUGGAUUGCUUUGGGUUUUUGAACCUUACCUAUUAAAGGCAAAUUCUCUGGAGGACA